CUUCCCUGGACUACUAGCUUGGUGACCCUCUGUAGGUCUUCUCUAGCUUUGGCAACUUUAGAGGUACAAUGAAUACAAUAGGAACAGAGAUAAUAGCCUUUAUUGUGGCCACAGCAGGCUGGGUGCUGGUAUCCUCCACUAUACCAACAGACUACUGGAAAGUAUCUUCAAUUGAUGGCACAGUUAUUACCACAGCUACCUACUGGUCCAACCUCUGGAAGACAUGUGUGACUGAUUCAACUGGAGUUUCCAACUGCAAAGACUUUCCUUCCAUGCUCGCUCUGGACGGUUAUAUCCAGGUAUGCCGAGGCCUGAUGAUUUCAGCUGUUUGUCUUGGUUUCUUUGCAACUGGCUGUGCGCUGGUUGGAAUGAAAUGUACUAAAAUUGGAGGAAGUGAUCAAGUCAAGGCCAGGAUUGCAUGCUUUGCUGGAUUCCAAUUUUUUGUCAGUGGUCUGUGCUCUUUGACUGCCUGCUCCCUGUAUGCCCACAGGAUCACUUCUGAGUUCUUCGACCCUAUGUUUAUGGCACAGAAGUAUGAACUUGGGGCAGCCUUGUUCAUUGGUUGGGGGGGAUCUGCACUCUGCAUUCUGGGAGGAAUUGUAUUCUUCUUGUCACUGUCUGAUGGCAUCAGCAAAAGCUCAAGCCAAGCUGACAAGAGACGGUAUCUUUAUAGUGCAGCCUCUUAUGUCUCUUCUCCUGGCAAGAUGCACAACCAAUCAGCCAAUGGUAGAAGACUCCCUGCUGAGUUCAGCAGCACAUCACAACAGUUUGAUAAAAAUGCUUAUGUAUGAUGGACAAAAAGAGGAUGAAAUGUUAGCCACAUUCACUGUGAGAACAACUCAGUUUUAUAUAGCACUCAAAUAAUGGAUGUAGUGGGACACAGACACAGAGACAUGACUUCCAAAGCCUCCAAUGUGCAAAAAUAGUCAAGCUCUCUGUCUCCACACACACACACACACACACACACACACACACACACACACACACACACACACACCCACUCAUGUAUAAAUUUAUACAUACAGAAGUCGUUCAUCAGCUGUGCAAGCAAUGUGCUUCCUAUUUCUCUGGAAACAUUGUGUACUUCACUCAAAUGUUUAGUACUUCUGCAUUUUACUAAGCACACUGCAGUUAUCUCAAGAAUCUAGAAUCUUUCUUAAAACAAAUGUAUACUAUUACUAGAUGGCAGUGUUGAUCCAUCUCACUUGCCCUCUAGUACUCUUUGUCUAAACUGAGAUGCAUCUGGCAUUUAUUCCACCUGACUGCCAUCGCUGAAGAUGAUUAGUAGCUGCAAUUUUUUCGGCACUGGGGAAAGCCAGUCUCUGGGUGCCUGCUUUAUCCUUGGCAUUAUUAAGAUUCUAUUUUCACUAAUGCUUUUGGAAUACUCUUUUGAGUCAUUUGGAUGGACUGUUUUUCUGUGCUUUUUAUAUUUAAUAAUACGUAUAUGUUAAUUUGUGCCUUCCCCCAAUUUUCUUUCUUUAUAUAAUAUAUUGAAAUUACCAUAUGUGAAUGUGACAGUUUGUUGUGCAAUUAACUGACACUUGCCCUUUAUAAAAAAUGAAUGACUAAAUUAUUUAAAGAUUUUGUUAAAUUUUGUUAAAGGUUUUGUUAUCCAUAUCGUAAUACAUCAUCAACAACAACAAUAACAACAAAAUAUAUCACCAUUGGUAUACAGACAUCGAAUGGUGUCUAAUCACUACUGAACCACAGCUCAAAAUUCAGAUGGCCAUUAGAUACAUUCUUAAUAGAUACUAUCUUGUCUCUGACAAGACACAACUGCAACUCACCAAUAAACAUUGCAGAAGAGUGUCCUAUCCUUUUUGUUAAGAACUAAACUGUUACAGUAACUAGCUAGCAGAAAUAACUUUGUGGCAUGGGAAUAAAUAUUAUCAUUUAAAAAUAUGAAUGUUUCUGAGAAUGGGUCCUGGAUACAGACAUUUUACUAAUCAAAAGAACCUCUCGCAUCCUCAAUAAAACGCUGCAAGUAGACAAAUGCAACUCAGUUAUAAAAAAAAUUCUUUCACCAUUUUUAUACCUAACCACUGCAUUUAGAGUUCAGGACAAUCAGCAGAAAGUAAUGAAAAUAGUUUAUCCACAAUUAAAUAUCUAGCAUUAAAAAAACUCGACUAGUUACAAAUCAGCCACUAAAGACCCCACUUCUCUAUAAAAGAAGUCUCUUACAUAAAUGAACUACUAAAGGUCCUGUCACAGCAUUCCUGUGCAUAUCAGGUCUGGGCUUUGACUUCUAAAAGUUGAUUAUGAAACUUUAAAUGUAACCACCUUCUGUCAUUGUGUUCUUGACAGUCUUAUUGGUUUUCCAAAGAGCACACAGUAGGCCAUGCUUAUCUCUUUUAUGAUAAGGUUUGGAUUGAGGAGGAAUGUGAAUGACACUGUCUGCCAUGUAUCAGAGACUUCUCUAACGUUCUGAGAUUACACUCCCCAAUGACUCCUACACUGUUGAGACUGAAGUUUUUUUUCUGUUGUUAGUAUGUUAUAUUAUGCAUAAAUGUUAUGAAUUAAAUAGAAAAAUA